AAGUCGCCCUCCCACUUGCAGUUCCCUUCACCUUGUUACCAGUGUCAUUUCAAUUCUCCUCUCCAUGUGGCGAAAAAUCCCGUGUUGAUCGUCACCAGUGUCGGGGGUUUUGAGUGUAGAAAACAGCCGGCAGAACAUUUAGUACCAGGUUGUUUAUGAGAGGGCGGGUUUGAAAUCAGCGGCAUAGCGUGCUUACGUGUGUUACUGAGCCAGUGGUGAUAGUGUAUACCGGCUGAAGUUAUCACGAAAGCCACACACGACCAAGGAGAAAGGGCAAAAGAUAAACAGGAUUAGAGUGGCAUGCACAGGUGCAGAUAUGACCCGAGAUAAGGAGCAGUCCAUGGACGACCAAUCACCUGCUGUGGUCAGAAAGGGCAUUGAUGUCACUCCUAACAAAGAUGGGGGAGUUUGCAAGGUAGAAGCUUCAACCUCUUCCUCUAUGUCCUCGGUGGUGAAGAAAUGGGGAGAGGAUGGUGACCGACCCAUGAUAGGGGACAAAGUAACCGUGCACUAUACUGGGAAACUACUCAAUGGAAAGAAGUUCGACUCCAGUAUGGACCGCAAGAAAGCUUUCACCUUCAGUCUGGGAAAAGGUCAGGUGAUAAAGGGCUUGGAUAUAGGUGUGUCCUCUAUGCAGAGAGGAGAGAGGUGCAUACUUCUCUGUAAACCGGAAUAUGCCUAUGGGCCGGCCGGAUGUCCCCCCAAAAUACCUCCCAAUGCCAUGCUACAGUUUGAGGUGGAGCUGCUAAGCUUCAAAGGAGAGUUACUCACAGAUGACGGUGGCAUCACAAGGAGGAUAAAGGUCAAAGGGGAGGGCUAUAAUAACCCCAACGAUGGAUCAACAGUUCACGUACACCUGGAGGGUUACUGUGGAGAGCGUCUUUUUGACUCCAGGGAUGUGCACUUUGUGGUGGGCGAAUCAGAAGACAUGGGUGUUCCUCUGGGGGUAGACCGUGCCAUGGAGAAGAUGCAAAAAGGAGAAUGCUGCAUGCUUUAUUUAAAACCCAAAUAUGGUUUUGGGAAAGAGGGUAGAGCACAGUAUAAGAUUGGACCAAACUCAGACUUGGUGUAUGAAGUGACUCUAAUCAACUUUGAGAAGGCAAAAGAAUCCUGGGAGUUGGGCCUGAAGGAGAAACUGGAUUUUUCUGCUGGGGCCAAACAGAAAGGGACCCAAUAUUUCAAGGCGGGGUGUUAUCUGCAGGCAGUAGUCCAGUACCAGCGCAUUGUGUCCUGGCUGGAGAUGGAGUUUGUGGGGAAGGAGCAGCAGCAAACAGUCCAGAACUUCCUGCUGGUUGCCCAGCUCAACAUGGCAAUGUGCUAUCUGAGGUUGAAAGAGUAUGCAUUGGUUGUGGAGAACUGCAACAAGGUCUUAGAGCUGGAUGAGAAGAAUGAGAAAGCUCUGUAUCGGCGCGGGGAGGCUCGUCUGUUCCGUAACGAGUUCAACCUGGCCAUGUCGGACUUUAAACUGGUGCUGCAGGUCAACCCGUCCAACCGAGCCGCACGCAGUCAGGUUUCCAUCUGUCAACGCAAGAUCCGGGAGCAUCAUGAAAUGGACAAGAAGACCUAUGCCAACAUGUUCCAGAAGUUUGCUGAACAUGAUGUCAAGACAGGGAAAGGGAAGAGGAGGGGCGGGGACUGUGGAGUGAUGAACCAGAACCAUCCAGUGGGCAUUAAGAGACAACGCUGCAGUCAGGACCAUGGCCAGGACCGUCCCUGAUGCCCCAGGGGGGGGCGGGGGCACCAGUUCACCCCCAGCUACCCACACAGAGACCACGGAUCUGAGGCAGGGAGCAGUUGGACCACACUCCUCCACCCUGACCACAUCAUCCCCUGCCUACGGCCCCACCGUGUGUUCUAUUUCCCUGUAUAGCAGACGGAGGUGUGAGUGAGUGGGGAAGGCUACAGGCCGAACAGCAUUCCUUCCUUCUUGAAAUACAGUCGAGGUACAACCCUGAAUCUCUUGCAUUGCGCCAUGCCUUCAAAUGCAUACCUCAACUCAUACCCAAAGUCAUGUUGAUGCUCAAAUCAAAAUGAAUCCUAAAAUGACAUAUUACGAUGUAAUAUAAUUUUGCUUUGGAAUUGAGAUUUCUAGUUUUGUGCCAAUGCACAAUGGGGAUAAUGUGGAACAAUGGUAUGCUUCUGUGCAACUACAGUGUCUUUGGAAAGUAUUCAGAUCCCUUCACUUUCUCCACAUUUUGUUUGUUUUAUAGACUUAUUAAUAAUUUAUUUUUUUAAAAUAUAGUUCCGUCAUUCUACACACAAUAUCUGAUAAUGACAAAGUGACUUCUAAAAUGUGUGCCAAUUUAUUGAAAACUAAAAGGUCUCAUGUACAUAAGUAUUCAUACCCUUUGCCAUGACACUCCCAAUAGAGCCAACUUGGAGUCCACCUGUGUGGAAAAUUCAAUCGAUUGAACAUUAUUUAGGAAGGCACACUCACGUCUAUUUAAGGUCCUGCACUUCACAGUGCAUUUCAGAGCAACAUUUUUAUCAAUGAUCAUGAGGAUAAAAAUACAAAUUGCUAAAGCAUUGACAGCUCCCAGGAGCAAAGUGUGCUCCAUUAUUGCGAUAUGUAAGAAUUAUGGAAACACCAACACUCGUCCUAAAGCUGCCCACAAUAUGGCCACUAUUACAGAGCUUAAAGGUUUCUUGCAGACAUUGUAGAACCUGCCCAAAAGACAAUGAUCUAGGCAGCAAUCCAUCAAUCAGGGUGGCUAGAUUGAGGACACUGCAUAGGGCAUGCAGCCUCAAGGACUCUGUGAUCAUGAGGAAAAACAUUCUCUUGUCAGUUUAGAACAAAAUGUAACUAUUAGGGCUCAAUGCCAUGCUACAUUGGGCAAAAACAAGGUAGCACUCAUCACCUUUCUAAAACUAUCCCUGCAGUAAAGCAUGGUGGUAGGAGCAGCAUGUUAUGGGGAUGCUUCUCAGCACCAGAGACUGGGAGAUUGUUCAAGAUGGAGGCAAGGAUGAAUGGUGCAAAAUACAGGGAGGUCCUUGAAUUAAACCUGAUACAGAGCGCACAUGACCUCAAACUGGAACAAGUAUGUAUCUUUCAGCACAACAACCCGAAGCAUACAGCUUAGACAACGCUGGUGUAGUUUCGGGACAAGUCUGUGAAUGUCCUUGAGUGGCCCAGCACAGCCAGAUCCUUGGCCCCACUGAAAAUCUGUUUUUAGACCUGAAGGUCGCAGUUCACCCAUGCUUCCCAUCAUCACCAUCAUCUGACAGAGUUUGAAAAAUGGGACAAACUGCCCCAAUCUAGGGGUGCCAAACAAGUAGAAGCAUACCCAAGAAGACAAAGCUUUGAUCUAUGCCAAGGUUACUUCUACAAAGUACUGAGUAAAGGGUCUCAAUACAUAUUUACAUGAGAUAUGAUAUUUUCUGAGGUUAGCUAAAGAACCCGUCAUGCAGAUUGAUCGUUACUCUUGAACAUGGACAUUAAACCAGGACAAACUCAUCCCAGAUGGACACUUUGCAUGUUGCAGAUUGUAUUUUUCUGUUUGCUUCUCCUUGACUGCCUUGGGGACUACACAAAUCCAAGAAAGCCCAAUAAUGAAGCUUUAUUUGAAUUUUGCCUUGCAUUCUCUCUGGGUGAAAUAAUUCCCCCCCCCACCCCUUCUAAGCAGACAAAUUUGGAUUAUGUGAUUGAUUAUAAUUGAGGCAGGUUCAUUUUGUCACUCAGUGUUUUGGGUGUUUUAAUUAUAUUAUUGUGAAAUAAUGGCAGGUUUAGAAAACAAGUAAAGGCUUAUGCUCUCAAUAUAAAAACUGGUUGACUCCUUGUGCAUGCUUUUUUAUUUUAUUGAAAGUUGUAUCUGUUUAAUUUAAAAUGUCUGUACCCAACACUAUUUACUGGAGGGUAGUUACCUACACCUACAGGAAUACCAGAAGGUUGUAUGUUAUUUGUAUUGUCUGCAUUUAAAUAUCAGAGCACAGAAAACAUAUCAAGUUUCAAUGCUAAUAAUAACAUCCAUAAUAUUUCUUCACCAAUGCUCUGAAUGCAAAUGACCUGUUUCUGUUUGUACUGUUUUUUUCUAUGGGAGCCAACUACAAAGGUUAUUGGACUACAAUGAGCGUUAAACAUAACAGGAUCAUGCACUGUUAGAUUGUUAUAAACCACAUACUAAACAGAGACUGCUGUAUAUUGUUAUAGUGUUAUUACCAUAACUCAAAUAAUAUUGAAACAGUUUAUCACCCACCUUUCUUUGGAAUAUUGAAUGCAUUAGAUGUUUGAUUUCCACUGGCCUGUCCUACCCCAACUGUUUUGUUUGUGAGUUAAUUUCAUUAGUAAAAACAAGUGGCUGGAUUUCCAUGGUGAUUUUUAGCAAAGUAAUCAACGUGCGUGUAAGAUGACAUGAAAGACCUGUAAAAAAGACCUGUUCCAUAUUUGUAAGUAAACAUUUCACUGUUUACACAUGCUGCUAACAAAGCAUGCGAUAAAUAACUUUUGAUUAGAUUUUAACCUGACAAGGAACAAAGCAAACCUUAGUCAUAAAGCCUCCAUACGAAGUUGUUGUAAACAGAAAUUGAAAUUGUAUUUUUGUACCCUGUUUUAAAAAGCUGUAUAAAGUAAUAUCAUGAUUGUAUAGUGUUGAUCUAGUAAUAUGUUUUUGUGGAACACAAACCUAUGUUACUUGAGGUGUCAAAAAAGGGGGACGUACUAUAGGUAGUAAACAACAUGUACCUAUGGAAAUAAAAGACAAUUCUGACACCAUUUCA